GGGCCACAACGAUUUCAACGAAGGAAGCCAACGGAUCUCUGGUUAUAACCCCGGUUCCGUGACUACACAAAUAUCUUUUUUUUUUUGGUGAUCCAAGCGAAACGAAAACAAAACGAGACAUGGGCAUCGGCUACGGAGCCUCCGACGAGCAGCUGGAGAAGCAGAUCGGCUGCGUCAAGUACACCCUGUUCUGCUUCAACAUCGUGGCCUGGAUUAUUUCCACGGCACUGUUCGCCCUGACCGUCUGGCUGAGGGCCGAGCCCGGCUUCAACGACUGGCUGAAGAUCCUGGAGGCGCAGUCAUUCUACAUUGGCGUCUAUGUGCUCAUCGGCAUCAGCAUCGUGAUGAUGGCGGUCAGCUUCCUGGGCUGUCUGAGUGCCUUGAUGGAGAAUACGCUGGCGCUAUUUGUGUUCGUCGGCACCCAGGUGUUUGGAUUUAUAUCAAUUGUGGCCGGAUCUGCGGUUCUGAUGCAGUUCAGCACCAUGAACUCGAGUCUGCAGCCGCUGCUGAAUGUUUCCCUGCGGAGGUUCGUCUCCACUUCAGAGUACACCUACUCAAACUAUGUUCUGACCAUGAUCCAGGAGAAUAUCGGCUGCUGCGGCGCCUCCGGCCCUUGGGACUAUCUGGAUCUGCGACAGCCGCUUCCCAGCUCCUGCCGCGACACCGUCAGCGGCAAUGCCUUCUUCAACGGCUGCGUGGACGAGCUGACCUGGUUCUUUGAGGGCAAGACCGGAUGGAUCGUGGCCCUGGCGAUGACCCUGGGUCUGCUGAAUGUCAUUUGCGCCGUGAUGAGCUUCGUACUGGUCCAGGCAGUCAAGAAGGAAGAGGAGCAGGCCAGCAACUACCGCCGCUAGAGCUCAAAUGAAAACCCCAACCCAUUCGCAUAUCCUAGUUAGCUAAGUUAUUAGAGUACGACGACAACGAAGACAAUCGAAAGACCCUGCGAUAGAUAUAAGCCUCCAACCAUUUCGAACAAUAGGUACAAUAAAGAUUGCGAUCCCUACACAGAA